UAAAAGUUGGACAACAUGUCCCAGCAACCAAAUAGCGUUGUGAAUGGUCCUUAUACCGAAUAUAACGCCCCGAUGAAGGAUGAAAUAAUUAACAAGGACAUGCCUACCGUCCAACAGAACGGAAGCAAUUCUCAGCCACAACAACCCCCACAGUUCCCACAUCAACCCCCACAGCCUGCUGGGCCAGUCAACCCUCUGCGACCCCUAACGAGAAUCGACAGCCGCAGUUCUUUCCAGUUCCGGCCCCCAUUUCCGAACCAACAGGGCGCCCCUGUCCGACCAGGACAAGUCCGACAGCCUACACCACCUGGUACCCAACAGUACAUCCAAAGGAACCCAGUUCCCGGACCUGGACAACGUCCCCCGAUAGCUCCAGCUCCCCCAGCGCAGGCUUUCCCCCAGGCCCAAAACAGGGACAACUACAGACCCGUGACACCGUUUCCCAGAGCCCCAGUGCAGCCCCAGCGACCUCUGUUCCAGCAAAGAUCGGUGCCGGCUUUUGCUACGCAAAAGCCCCAGCUUCAGGAAGAGAACUUGAGUAGAAGUCAAACUCUGGAUACUACAGAGAUUGAUCAUUCUAAAAGCGCAGAUGAGAAAAAUACGUCGAACGAUCAUAUCAAAGCACCCUCCAUAGCAGCGAUGAACAACAGGAGCUACAGCUUGAGCUCCAACCCUCCAGAGCAGUCUAACGAAGCUAAGGAGGAAGCUAGAAGGAGGUCUGUCAGCAGCGUGGAUAGCCUCGGGGAAGGCAGACCAGGUUCUAGACACAGUUCUAUCUCUGGGUCUGCCGAAAAUCUAGACAAGAAGCAAGACAAUGAGGUACCGUCGAGGCCUGAGUCAAGAGCCAUGUCCAGAAUGAACAAAAUCAUUGAAGACGAAUCUCCUAGUUCUUUAACUGAUGUGUCACAGAAAAGUCCAGAUCUGAGCGAAAGAUCUAGACCAGCAAGCAAGACUCCUGAGAACAACUUCAGCAAUAAACCCACAUCUCCAAGCCCAAAACCACAAACGCCCGUUCCAAAAUCUCCUAGUCCUGUCCCUCAGUCUCCUAGUUUCAAAUUUCAACCACAAAGUCCUGGUCUCCAAAACCAAAACCAAACUUAUUCGCCUCAGUCGCAAAGUCCUAAACCCCCGCUAAGUCCUGGACCUCCAAGAACUCCCAGAGACAGGAACGUUUCACCUCAGCCCCCAUCACCGCACAGCCCCAAUCAGAACGCUAAUAAAGUUGUAGACGAGAAAGGGGCAAAAGGAGCUGCUGGCAGACCCGAGAGGUUGCUGCACCUGGAAAAACCAGCAAAGUCGAAGUCUCCAUCGAAAUCAGAAGGCGAUAACGACAGUGGCGUGGACGAAUCGACACAGGGAAAUGACCCCUCGAGCAACGGUGAAAACAGAUCUCCAAGGAAGUCCAACAAAUCCAGAACAUCGUCCACCACACCAACCGCGAGGUCGUUGUCCAGGGGUUCAAAAUCUCCUAGUUUAAAGAGUCCAGAUUCAAACGCCACCACCCCAGGGUCGGCCACGGAAAAAAAGAAAGUUCCUAUGAAUAAGGUACAAGUGGGAUCGGCACCGUCACCAAAUCUGAAGGUUGUCAAAUCGAAAAUAGGAUCUUUAGACAACGCUAGUUAUAAACCGGGUGGGGGUAAAGUUAAAAUAGAGAGCAAGAAGUUGGACUUCAAGGCUGCAGGGCCCAGGAUAGAGGCUAAAAAUGACAGAUAUAUGCCUAAAGGAGGAGAAAAGAAGAUAGUACACCAAAAGUUACACUGGAACGCGAAAUCAAAAGUAGGUUCGUUAGAAAACGCCACGUACAAACCGAAAGGAGGUGACAAAAAAAUCGAGUCCGUCAAGCUAGACUUUAAGGGGAAGGCCAAGCCAAAGGUGGGGUCCAAGGACAACAUCAAGCACCAGCCCGGUGGAGGCGACAUCAAGUCUGAGGCAGUUAUGGAGGAGAAAGAUACUGGUAACGAAAAAAAAUCCACUAAAAACGAUAAAGAUAUCGAAACGAAGAAGAUCGACCUAAAUGUCACCAGCAAAAUUGGGUCUUUGGAUAACAUGAAGCACAGGCCCGGUGGAGGCGACAAGAAAAUCUUCGACGACAAAGACUACUUGAAGCAGAAGUCUGGCAUCUCCAGCGUAGAUCAUUCUCUCUCUGGUUCUCAGAAUUCACUACCAUCCCAACCAGAUGCCAAUAAAGUCCCAGUGGCAGACGAGAACCUGAACCAGGAACAUUAAAACUUUAUUCCACGACGAAGACUUGUUUUUUAUUUUGUUAGGGAGGGUUUGUCGUUUUUUUUUUCGACAAGUAACUGAUUGUCACUGAGAUAGCGCAUGCCCAUUUUAACUUUAAGCAGUUCUGCAUGCACUUUAAGUAAUACGAAGGGAUUCAUUUGGAAUUAACAAUGACAUUAACUGUUUAGCUUUAUUGUUUUCAUUUGUUUUUUAUAGCGUAAUUUAAAAGGUAAUAAAUAAUAGUUUUGGUGUUGUGAUACCUAGGAUACGACCAAAAAAUUGUGUGUUUGUACUAUUCUGUAUCAAUUUUAUUAGUGGGUAUAUAUUCUCUAGCCGGGAGGUUUUACCUAAAGGCUGUCAGUUGUCGAAAAGUUUUGGCAUUUCUUUAAUCCUUACUUGCUUCGUCUGUUUUAUCAGUUCCUUUGACGUUAAAGAAGUGAAAGAAACUUUAGACAAUUCAUAUUUUCUUAUAUAAUAUUAUAUAUACGCUGUAACCUUUUUCAUUUUCUAGAUGAUGUUGAGAUUGUAUCGUUAUGUUCACUAAGUAUGAGUAUUAUUAUAAUAAAAUUUGCAUUAAUAUUAAUA